AAAACGAAACCCAAUAUGAUAUAACGGAGUUGAAGGGCAUUGCUGCAAAAUUCAAAAUUACAAGCGGCGACUUCCACUGGGGGUUUAAGCAAAAGGGUUUUUGCUUUCAUUUCCGCCGUUGCCGCUUCCUUUACUGGCCGUAUUUUCUUGGUUAUUCGUCGCAUGAUUCAGUUGAAGCCACAGUCUCCGUAGGGUUUAACACGGUUAGCUCAGACUUGGACGAUAAACUUUUGCAUUUCAAUCACUUUCUGUAAACUUCUUGAGUUAGGGUUUGUGUUAAUUUCUAUGGUUUAUCAAUUGAUACGGGUUUAUGAAUUGAUGGUUCGUGAAAUUCUUCCCGGGAUAUGAUCUAAUGUUCGAGCAUAACGUUCUGCACUAAAUGCAUCGUGGCGUUUUCAUAUUUGCACAUCGGAUUUUUGCGAGUUCCAGUGUUGUCAGAACUAGCAGUGGAUUUAUUUUUUCCGAGCUCAAUCCUCUGAAAUCUAGUUUUCAUGGAUUUCCAUUAUGUAGAGUGUUUUCCUUUGUACCGGCGCACCGCCGGGCGCCUGAUCCCAAUGAUCCAUCCAACUUGAUGAAGGAAGAUGGAAUCUCUGCUUGUUCCCAGAUGUGGAUAGAGAACUUUCGCGAACCGGAUAGAAUUGUUUCCAAUUUGACCACGUAUCUUCAGAAGUUUGAAUUAUGGGUUUUGGCGUACCAGAAAGUUUGUGCGGAUGAGAUGGGCUCAUAUAUGCCUCGAAAUGCAAUACAAAGGUCAGCAUUGGAAGAUUUACUUGCCCUUAGAAAUGCAGUUCUAGAUAGUAGGUUCAAUUGGGGGGCAAGAUUAAAGUUCUUCAUAAAAUCACCAAAAGAUAAGACGGAUUAUGAAGCAUUGUCAAAGAGGAAGAUAAAGGCUAUAUUGACAACGACACAGCCUGCUGCAUUUCAAGAUAAAAUUGUUCAAGAGGUUCUGUUUUUGAUCCUGGAACCAAUUUAUGAAGCUCGGUUUUCGCCAAAGUCUUAUGCAUUUAGGCCUGGGAGGAAUGCACAUACGGUGUUGCGGGUAAUUAGAAGGCAUUUUGCUGGUUAUUUGUGGUAUGUGAAAGGGGAUUUAAGUACAAUUUUAGAUGGCAUGAAAGUAGGGGCAGUUAUAAAUGCUUUAAUGAGAGAUAUUAGAGAUAAAAAAGUGAUUGAUUUAAUUAAAUCUGCUUUGGUUACACCAGUUAUAACAAGCAAGAUUGACGAAGGGGAAAAGAAGAAGAAGAAGAAAAGGAAGUAUCAGAAGAAGAAAGUAUUAGCUGAGGACGAACCAAAGCCUGAUCCAUAUUGGUUGGAGACAUUUUUUGGUUUUGCUCCUGAAGAGGCAGUGAAGAAUCCUUCAUGGGGACACUGUGGGAUACUUAGCCCUCUUCUAGCUAAUAUUUGUUUAGAUGAAUUGGACCACUGGAUGGAGGGAAAGAUCAAAGACUUCUACUCUCCAUCUAAGAGUGAUGUUAUAUGGAAUAGUCCUGAAGGAGAAGCAGAUCAAGGAAAUACGUCCUGGCCAGAAUUUGUACCGACGAGUGGUCCGGACAAGACACGGAAGAUGGAUUACAUUCGGUAUGGAGGUCAUAUUCUGAUUGGUGUUCGAGGACCUAGGGCAGAUGCAGCAACAUUAAGAAAGCAAUUGAUUGAGUUUUGUGAUGAGAAAUAUAUGCUCAAGCUUGACAGUGAGUGCCUUCCCAUUGAACACAUUACCAAGGGUAUCAUGUUUCUCGAUCAUGUACUUUGUCGAAGAGUCGUGUACCCAACGCUUCGGUAUACUGCUUCUGGUGGUAAGAUCAUUAGUGAGAAAGGCGUUGGUACUCUCCUUUCUGUCACGGCAAGCUUGAAACAAUGCAUUAAGCAAUUCAGGAAGCUGAGUUUUAUAAAGGGUGAUAGAGAUCCUGAUCCACAGCCUUGUUUUAGAAUGUUUCAUGCCACACAAGCUCACACAAAUUCACAAAUGAACAAGUUUUUGUUAACAAUUGUGGAGUGGUACAAAUAUGCAGACAAUAGGAGGAAAGUGGUGAACUUUUGCUCUUACAUCUUAAGAGGUUCACUUGCAAAGCUAUAUGCUGCAAAGUACAAACUCCGUUCACGAGCGAAAGUUUACAAGAUUGGUGCUCGAAAUCUCAGUCGCCCUUUGAAAGAGAAGAAAGGGCAAUCGCCUGAAUACCACAAUCUUUUGAGGAUGGGCCUUGCUGAGUCAAUUGAUGGCCUUAAGUUCACUCGGAUGUCUCUUGUCCCUGAGACAGACUACACCCCCUUGCCAAAUAACUGGAGACCGGAUCAUGAAAAGGCCCUGCUCGAAUUUAUAAUGCUUGAAGAUCCUAGAACACUUGAGGAGCAACGUAGAUGUAUUAGGGAACUGGGUCUUGUUUCACCUCAAGAUUACAUUUCAAUGCUUGUAUGGAAUUACAAGAGGAAUGCAACCAUGGAUCAGAUGUCCCUAAUGAACAGUGGCGAUCAUCGAAUAUUGGGUUUGAACCUGGGCAGUCAUGGUUCCAAAUCCAAAGAAUUGGAAGAGCAUGACCAAGCAGCUGAAGUAUAAAGUUCUUUUGUUUGGAUAAUAUGCUCCAUCUUCAAUCCUAAGGAAAAACUUUGCAUCCUUUGGACUCCGAUUCUUUACCACUGUUAGAACAUUCAAAUUAACAAUCCAAGACAUUCGGUAAAAUUCCAAGUUCUCAAUGAUUAGCACUGCUGUGUUUUUGAGUCUCAUCUUAACGAUAUGACAACUGUCUCGGUGAUCUGUAUCAGAAACUAUGGCAUUGUAUCAGGUAUGGGUUACAUAUUCUCCUCCUUAAAUUCGGAGGUUCUGUUUCCUAUGUGGCAAGGAGCAGUCACUCUAAUUUUGACGUGGAUCAAUUGUGGUUGGGAUACUAAAAGGUUAAUUUUGCCAUCUGAUGUACUUGGUCAUUAAUUUUUCGAAUAGAGAAUCAUACAGCAUUUUAGUUGCAGGUAUAUCUUUUCUGUUGAUUUUUGAAUACAGGAUUUUGGUAUAUUUUUGAUGCAGAUGGUUGUAUCAGGUACGAAUUUCUCAAAUAAUUCCUAGAUUUUUGUUUUUCGCUCA